GAUAAGAGUGCGAAGUAAUUUGAUGCCAAAUUCAGAACCAAUCCCCGUCGACAGCGAUGAUGAACCUGAUUUAGGUUCUCCGAGUCAGGCGUCAGAUUCAUUGAGUUUGGAUGAAAAUCUACGCGCGUUGCGACACAUACAUGAAAAAUAUGCCAACAUUGAUAAGGACGAGAUGUACGAGGCUCACUUGCUCGCUGCUAACUUCAAGAAGCCGGCUGACGGCGCGCACAAACACGCGCUCAGGAACACUGAAGGUGGAUCAGUUAAAGAAAUGGAUACGAGAACGGAGAAGAUCGACGAUAGCUCUAAUUCAGACUCUGAUAGCAGUACUUCGGGUUCCUGCAGCUCAUCUUCGGGCAGCAGUUCCUCCUCCAGCUCGGGCUCCUCCAGCUCCUCGGACAGCUCUGACAGCGAGUCUGACACGGAGCGCCCCGCGCAGCCCCCGCCCGCGCCGCACGACGACAGAUCGUUUGGGGCAUGGUCUAGCUACAGCGGGGCGCAAACACACUCCGGCUCCGAGUCUAAUAGUGAGGAUGAGGCGGGGGCAGGGGCAGGGGCAGCAGCAGGGGCGGUGGCAGUGUCUGGGGCAGUGGGGCAAAAUCCGGUACCUAUUCCGGGGCCGGAGACGCGGCCAGACGAUGAUAUCAGCGAAUCUGAGAACGAGUCUGCGGAUAAAAGCUUCCAGUGCUACAUCUGUAGGAAGUGGUACUCAACAAGGGUUACACUCAAGAUCCACAGACGCGUGCACCAGAGCCGCGGCGGUGGCGGCGGGCGGGCACGCGCGCGCUGUGCCGAGCGCUACGAGUGCGACUGCUGCUCCGACACCUUCAGCCGCCGCGACAAGCUGCGCGAGCAUAAGGCGGAGGCGCACCGCGGCAGCAUGACGGUGCGGUGCGAGGUGUGCCGCAAGUGCUUCGAGGACGAGGCGGAGCUCGCGGCGCACGACGCGGCACACACCGCAGACGAGCGCGCGGGUCGUUGUGAUACGUGCGGCGCUCAGUUCCCGCGCUACGAGCAGCUGUCGCGGCACCGGCAGUGCGCGCACGGCGCCCUCCCGCCGCACCUCCCGCACGCCUGCGCGCAGUGCGGCAAGCGCUUCUCGCACGCGCACUCGCUCACACGACACAUGCACAACCACGCCAAGCAGCUCUACCGCUGCGUCGUCUGCAAGGCGUCUUUCGCACGAGCGGAUCAGCUGGCUCAACAUCUGAACAGUCAUCUCGCGAACUACAAGCGUAUGAAGCCGUAGACACGUGACGUCAAACACGACACGUGACGUCACGACACGACACGUGACGGCCACGACACGCGCACGACACGCGCACGACAUCGGCCGCGCACGGGGGCAAGGGGCGAGUGCAAGCAAUCGAUUUAUCUAUGGACACAACACACAAUAUAUUAUAUUAUUAUAGAGUUUUAUUUAUA